AUGGGUCGGAAAUCCAAGCAAAAGUCAUGCUUCGCCUGCGUCGAGACCAAGCGCCGCUGCGACAAGCGAUAUCCCUCCUGUUCGCGCUGUCUCGAUCGGGAGUCGGUCUGCACUUACCCACCUUUGCCAAGACAACACGCUCAGGCUGAAGCUGAAGCUGCUCCAGACAUGAUCUUUGGAGAAACGUGGACGUCUGCAGCCGAUGCGAAUAGUAUGGCCUUGGUUGGAGAUAUGUCCCAGCCAUGGCUGCUCGAUCCUACUUUCAGUGCCAGCCUGGAUUGUCCGUCAGCGCCAUUCUGGACAUCCUCACUAUCAAACCCAUCGUCCAUCUCAGGUCCAUCCUCAAGUGGGAUGACUGAGGCUUCGGGUCAGCUGACACACUCAUCCCGAGACUUGGGCUGGUUUCUCGGCCCUCAAUCAUGGACAAUAGGAUAUCAUUAUACCGAACCAGACACAAUGCCUCCAGCCUCUGCCUUUACUAAUUUCAUCCGCGGCUUGCAGAAUUGGUUAUCCCGUUUUGUAAAGACAGGACAUAACCCCUUCAUCCACCGGCAUCUGUAUUCGGACUCUGGAUACCCACAAUGCAUUCAAGAUGCGUAUUCUGCAUGCGUUGUUUCUAAUGCUGCGAAUAGCGAGAAUGAAACCAUCACCAAUGCAAUUGCUUCCACUCACAUUACGAAUUUACUGAAAGGUCAACCCGCUAGGUGUACCAAUACCAUCUCAACAAGGGACCAUUUAGCCCGCACACAAGCUCUUCUCAUUCACAUUCUGCUCGCACUAUUCUCUUCCUCAAUUGAGCGCCGUGCAAAAGCCGAAAGUCUCAUCAGCCUUCUUCACGCUUGGAAGAAUCAGCUAUGGGAGUCUGCGACAAACGAUAGUGCACUCGCUUCACCGGUACCGACCUUGAUGUCUUCCAGCAGAAGAGCCAUUGGCGAAUUGGAUCCUGUCCCUGGCCUCUACCGCUCGUUCAUCCUCUCCGAAUCUAUUCGUCGCACCGGGCUGAUAUGUAACAUCGCGACCGGUGUCUAUAGCGGUCUGAAAGGCAGUAACAUACAAUCUUGCGGAGGCGAUAUGCCUAUUACAACCCAAGCCAAAUUCUGGGAGGCUUCUUCCUCUGCACAAUGGGAGGCUGUUGCGCGACAUACUGACCCAUUGUUUAUAUAUACCUUAAAGGGCCAGAUGCUAUUGGAUCGUGGUGUUGGCGCUGGUGAGGUUGAUGAAUUUGCACGACAUUUAUUUACUAUCAUGUGGGGAUUGGAAAAGGUCGAGACGUGGGUUGUGAGAACUGGGGAUGAGGUUUCAGUUGUUUACUAG